UUUAUUCCAGCGCUGGACACAGCCUGACCGCAUAGUCGCCUGCCAAAACUUGCCGAGUACAGGCCUAUACUGGCCCGCUUCGAGUAAUUGCGUUACUUGCCAAAUGGAUAACCAUACACUGGUUACUCCCACUGCCAGUGCCGUGACCAUGCCCAUGCGCCUGGAAUUGCUAGACAAAUCGAAUCCCGUGUUCGCCUGCUACCUGGUGUGGAUGAGUCUGCUGGUGCUGAAAAUGCUGUGCAUGUCGCUGCUCACAGCCCGCCAGCGGAUUAAGACCAAGAUCUUUUCCAAUCCCGAGGAUCUUCGGCUCAGCAAGAACAGCGAGGUGCGCUUCGGCGAUGACCAUGUGGAGCGCGUACGUCGGGCUCAUCGGAACGAUCUGGAGAAUGUGCUGCCGUUUUUGUUAAUGUCCCUGGGCUAUGUGGCCGCCGGACCGCAUCCGAUGGUCGCCCGGAUGGUCAUACGCAUCGGUGCAAGUGCCCGACUGCUGCACACCUUUGUCUACGCUAUCGUUCCGGUUCCUCAGCCGGCACGCAUCUUGGCAUUUACCACCACCCUUUUAAUCACCUGCUUUGAGGCGAUCUAUGUGCUUGUCUGCUGCAUCAAGUAUAUCUAGACGCAAAUUGCCCGACGCGCCAUUAAGUAGCGACCCCGCACCGCACCGCCCCAUCC